AGUUUCAACCAGUGUUUUAGCAUUCUAAUCCAUAUUUAUUCCACAGGUUUUGUUUCAGAGAACUCAAAAUGGUUAAUGCCAUCAAAGGAGUGUUCAUCACCUGCGAUAUUCCCAUGGCGCAGUUCAUAGUGAACAUGAACAACUCGAUGCCUUCCUCUCAGAAGUUCAUUAUUCAUGUUCUCGAUAGUACUCACUUGUUUGUCCAGCCUCAUGUUGAGCAGAUGAUCCGCAGCGCCGUUGCUGACUUUCGUGAUCAAAACUCUUACGAGAAGCCUUCUUAAUAAAAUAUAUAAUACACCAUCUAUCAAAAUGCCUUCUUUUUUUUUCCUUUGUCAGAUUGAAUCAUCUUGUGCAAGAUUAGAUUACUCAUGGUGACAUUGUCAGUCUAUUUUCUCUUGUUAUGUUUUGAUUAGUUGGAGAUUCAUGUGGGAUACUCAUUUUUACAAGUGGAAAGAUGGUUUUUGAUAUUGUUUCUCUCUGUUUUGGUUUUUGAAUCAAUCGGUUUUCUCAAACCAAACUAGUGAACAUCAGUUGUUUUCCUGUUAUGUAUAGAUUAGUUUGAGAAUUGGGAUUCAAUACCUGUUCUUUGAUUCAUAACCAUAAUAACAUUUUAU